AUGGAUUCCUCGUCCUCGAACCAAGUCCAGGAGCGCGACACCCACAUUCUCGACAUCGGUCAGCAGUGCUCCCACCCGUCCUGUCUCCUCGUCGACUUCCUUCCCUUCAAAUGCCAGCACUGCAAGCUUCCUUUCUGCCAGGAACACUUUAGAGUAGAGCACCACCAGUGUUCCGAGUAUGAUGACAGCAAAUACAUCGCUCCUUCCUGUCCCCUGUGCAAUCAGCCUGUGUUCAUCGAACAAGGUCGCGAUGCGAACAUUAGCAUGGACCUGCAUCUAGAGAAUAACUGCUCAGUAGUGACGGGAAGAGUCAAAGCGAAAACCCUGCCCACCUGUGCUAGAGUCAACUGCCAGAAAGCUCUCAUUUCGCCCUUGCAAUGUUCCUCAUGCAAGAAAAAGUUCUGCCCUACGCAUCGGCACCCAGACGACCAUCGCUGCCAGCCCGUCCCAACGGCAGCUCCCACCACCAGCAAACCGGUCGCUACAUCAAACACACCCAAAGCUCUUGCUAAUUUCAACGCUGGUGCCAAGAACUUAAAUACCAAGGCCACAGCUGCAGGCACAGCCGCGAUGGACGCUGUGAAGAAGUCCAUCAACACUACCGCCAUACCUGCAGCUCGUAAUGCUAUCAACUCAGCCAAAGCCUCCGCAUCAGCUUCAAAACCCAAGGCUCCGUUGCCAUUUAGCAAGAUGGACCGUUCUUUCUCUCCCUUUUCUGAUCAUCGUGCUGUGUCUCCAAAAUCACAUAUGAUUGUCACUGCCACCUCCGCCUCCGCUUCUUCCCUGACGAACACCACCAAUGAAACCACCGUCAACGCCAUUACAUCUGAAUCUGACUGCACGACCGAUAAUGAAACCGCUAUCACAACCACCACUAAUUCCAACGAAACUAUCAAACCUGCUCCUAUAAUCGAUCCCAUGUCAUUCAUACCACGAUCUAUAUUCGCAUUUGCUUAA